AGUACAAUUUCUGCAGAAGCAGGAGCAAACCUGGACUCUGCUGUCCAACAACAGCGCGGCUCAUUGGUUCAGUGCGUGCUUGUGACGCAGCGGGAGCGCCUAUCCGUGCAGAGAGACUCCUCCAGCUGACGGGCUUCUCCUCACACUCCUGCAGGAGUCUGUCCCAUCACGAUCAGCGGCUCUGCAGUGCAGGCGCUUUAUGGAAGCGGACUCCGAGCAUCCCGCCGUGGUCAUGCUGCCUCCAAAGAACUGCCUGCCCAGGAACUACAGCUGCAUAGCGGGGCUGUUCGGCAGCCUGGCCGCGGCCAACCCCAGGCUGGAAGAUGGGGAGGAAUUGGACACGAUGAACGGCACGACCUGCGAAUCCAGCGAGAGCCAGGUGGUGGAGGAGAGACCCCGGGGCAGAGAGGUGUCCCUGCGGCCGCAGAGCCCUGGCAGCCUCCGCCGCAGGUGCAAAUCCCUCCCGACACCCGCGGAGAGGGCCAAGUUGGAGAUCGCCCGGAAAAGAAGCCCGACGAGCCAGAAGAAGGUCAGGUUCGCAGACUCUUUGGGCCUGGAGCUCAUUUCGGUGAAGCAUUUCGACGAUAAUGAUGAUCCAGAGGUGCCGGAGCGCAUUUUGGCGAAAUUACCCAAAGGGACGCUCCAUCAGUUGGACACCAAAUUCCCCCAGCCCCCUUCCCAGUCCGUCCACAUGGAAUUGCAGUUCACAAACCCGGGCACUCUUCCCGGCUUCGAGCAGAAAGUCCGGGAGGUGAAAGUCCUGCUGGAGAACGUGGAAGCGGACGAGUUCAGCCUCUCCGGGUUCGUGCGCGUGUUGAAUCUGGCUUUCGAAAAGAGCGUCUCUUUGCGGUAUUCCCUCAAUAACUGGAUCACGUUCAUGGAAAGUUUGGGCACCUACGUUCCCGACUCCAGCGACGGGGUCACGGAUAGGUUCCGUUUCAAGGUGGUCAUGCCCACAUACCUCGACCAGGGAGGCACGCUGCAGUUCGCCAUCAAAUAUUGUGUCGGUGGACUGGAAUUUUGGGACAAUAAUAACGGGAAAAAUUACAAAGUACGGCGUCACCGGUUCAAGAUGUCCCCGCCUCGGGAAUGGGAGAAUGGAUGGAUUCAUUUUAUCUGAGCGUGGACGUGUGGAGCCGCGCGUCCUGUGCGUUAUUUGCGCGUAAAGCCUGAAUUAUGGUUCCGCGUUAAUAGCCUACGCCAGGGAUAUGCAAUUGGCGGCCCGCGGGCCACAUGCGGCCCGCCAGGAGCUUUUAUGUGGCCCCUGGUCAUAUUUCAAAAAAGGGGUGUUUGUUGAAAAAAAAAAAAACUUUUUUUUUUUUUAUAAUAAUAAUAAUAAUAAAUAACUUUAUUUAUCCGUUAGGAACUUCAUUUGUGGAAAAGCAUCAGCAUCAGUGCGUGUACAGAUAACAUAUGCAACAGGACAGUACAGAAACAAACCAAACAAUCAAUAUAAAGCAACAUACAUUGGGCAAUCACAAAUACUGCUGGACUUAGAUGCUGUAAAACCAUAGCAUAGAUAAAAUACGAGAGAAAAAGAUUAUAAAAAUAUAAGUCCCCGUUAAGUGCGUGAUAAAUACAAUGAUUUUUUAAAAAUAUGUAUAAAAGCGGGUACAAAAAUGAAUAGGUAAGAUCAGCUGUUUAUGAGUCUGAUUGAUGAGGGCACGAAGCUUGACAUGGCUCUGUUUGUCCUGAAUUGUAGUGAUCUGUAUCUGUGACCUGAAGGGAGGAGCUUAUACUGACUGUAUAAUAUUUUUAUAACUGGCUACUAUGGACUAAAAUGGUUGUGCUCAAUGCUUAAUAUAAUAUUCAAAUAAGGAAAUCUUGGUGGAAAGUGGUGCUUUGUCAUUAUGGCGUGUUUCAUUAAAAGUAGGUCAAUAUCAAUUUCAUUAAGUUUGCACAAUGCAUGGUUUCAAAAUGAACUUGCAUUCAAAAUAAUAUUUCUUUAUCUGAAUAUUAUAUUUAACAUUCACAAUGACUAAAUCUGGAGACAAUUAAUACAUAAUUCAUAUGUAAACUAGAUAUAUUCAAAUGUAUAAUACAAAUGUAUUAUAUUUACAUAAGUCUUCGUCUUUGAGUGCAAAAUACAUUUUGAAAACCCCCACAUUUUCAAAUUGUGCGGCCCUCUCCAUACAGUCCUUUUGCAGAUGUGGCCCCCGGCCGAAUCUAGUUGAAUACCCCUGGCCUACGCCGUAGGGUACGGCGUAGCCUACGCCGUAGGGUACGGCGUAGCCUACGCCGUAGGGUACGGCGUAGGCUACGCCGUAGGGUCUGCGUUGGUGUAACGCGGAACCAUAAAUCAGCCUUAAUGGAUCCCCGGGUACCUUAUCACUGUAGCCUGUUAAAUGUGUAGUUUUAUUUUCUGUCACCGUGAGCUGCACGGAUGUGGUGACAGAAUGUGUGCAAAUGCUGUCCCGUGAUAUUUGAAAAACGUUGUACUGGUCCACGGAUGGGGCCACAGAGAGUGGGAUGUUUGACACUAUGCCUUGAUAUCAGGGCAUGCCUGCGUUAUGUAAUAGGCCACGGAAAACGUGCAGAGCCGGAUUCUGGCAUACUCUAUUCAGGAAAGGCUGUAACUUGUAUUUGAUGGCAUAGUUUUUGUGAAAUUGUCACUUUAUUUUGCAUGCUUUCAAACAUUGAUUUACUGAAAAAACAGAAAGCAGAGCUGUUUAUCCUGUGUAAUAAUCCUCCAAGGAUCUCCGUCACUCUCUGUGAAACACAUUUCUUCAGACAGAUUGCAGAAUUAUGCAGAAGAAUAUUUUAUAUACCACAUCUGUGUAUAAUUUCCUACCGUCAUUCCAUACAAAUAAUGCCUUAUUCCAAUUCUGGGUGUAGGGAAUUAUACACUGAGUUUAAUGAAGGUUUUGUUUUGUUUAUUAGAAUAAAUGAACACAUUUGAUGCUUGACAUCAUUAAAUGAACACUGUAAAAUGACCCAGGGACACCAUUCUUAGUCAAAAGCCUGCCUUUAUGCCAUACUUUUGCAGCUAUUCUACAUCUAUUGCACAUCUUCAGAUGGAUUAAUAGAAAUAUGACUGAAUAUUUUUCAUAUACAAAUUAAAAGGUUAGCAGCACAGUGAAGCCAAAGCCAACGGAAAUUAUAUAAUAUCUUUAUAUCUCUAGAGGAAAAGGAAAUAUAUUUAUCUACCAGCAUAAUUCACCUUCCUAAAUUAUUUUCAUGCUGCAUUGAGCCUUGUUGUUUUCACUGAAUAAGCUCUUCCAACAUGGCUGUUAGUUAUCACAGUUAAUAUGUAUUUGCUUGAAAGAUUACGUUUACCUCGCAUUAAUUGUGCAUGGAUUUUCUCUUCUUCAGGUUUGUUGCAAUAUACCAGAUGCUAUUUACACAGUAAUUGGUUUUGCAUUCCCACAAAAACAACAUGCACUCACAAAUUUUAAGCAAUGUUUAUUAAAUAUCAGAGGUUCUUGACUGCACUGUGUAAUUCUGUUUUUCACAGAACAGUUUCUAUAGUCAACAACACAACUAUUACAGAUGAUGGCGUCAAACCGGCUUCUGCUGGUUGAACGCAGUCGAACACUGUGCAAGUUCUGUAAUUUUCCAGCUUGUGAUCAACAAAACCCAUCCACUUAUCUACCAACCUGCCUAUCUAGCUAUAGUGCUGUACUUUACACUCCAGACAAACGACCAAAAAGAGUUGAGCCACCUCACUUGCUGACAGUGAAAUUCUUCAGUUGCUGACUGACUGGAAGCAUCAUUACUUCAGCUACUCGUUGAUGUAACUCACUCAACAUUUUCUAGAUAACAGUUUGUCCUAAAACUGUCUGUUUUUUAUUAAUUCAAUGGAGAUUUUUAAACCAAUAUUUAUGAGAAACAAAAAUAGCAAAUUCACUUGAAUACAGAUGUUCAUCUUACUUUUCGAGAGAUCAUGUACCGUAAGUGUUUGUUAGUCAAAAGUUGAGUCAGGAAAGUCCAAGAACAACUGGGCAGAUAUGCUUUUUAAUUCCAUUGCUCUGACUGUGUGUAAACAUCACUUUGGCCUUUGUUUACAUCUCUUUGGCCUCAGAGGGAAGCUUUCCAUAUACUGAGGGCUGUAUGUGGAUGGAGAUAAUUCCUGUAACCACUUAGGUUUUGGAACACUUCCACUGUAGAUCCAUCAGAGUUUUUGUUUUGUUGUACAAAUAUCACAUGUUUUCGGAUCACAAAUCUCAAGCUGAACAUUAUUCUUGAUGAGGUCAGAGAUGAUCAGAGAGUGUUCUGUUUGCCAUCACACAUCUGAGCUAUAUCCUGUGCGGAGUUGCAUUUUUUUUUCGUCUCAUCUGCUGUUUAAAUUGCUGUGGAUAUCAAAAGUCAGAGCUCAUUGUAUGUUGCUAAAUAAGUAGGUAUUCACAUAUUGUUCACUUAUGUGUCAACUUUUUUUCAAGCCAUCAUGCAGUAUAAUACCAGACAGCAGUUAUUGUUAAUAGUAAGGCGACUGGUGUGGUUAUAUAGGGAUGCAUCAAUACCACUUGACCCCUGCCAACAAAACCAUUUAUGAGAUUGAACAUUUAUAGUAUAUUGCUAUGGUGUUGAAGUUUCUUGAUGCUGAAACAUUUUCUGUUUCCGUUCUCUCUCUUUUUCUUUAUUGUUCAUCAUGAUAGUAGCCACAAUGUGAUGUAGAAAUACAUAAAUACAGUUCCUGCUCAUUCUGUGCUUGAUGUCAGCUUGUUAUUGGUGCAUCCCAACCGUACAGAUGAUAAAGGGGCUGCGCUGGUUAGAUGUUCGCCUCAGUGUAUACAUAACAAUUUACAUCUGCACUCACUGAUAUAUAACCACGUAUGUAAAUGUUUAAGUGUUUCAUAUUGAAUGUGUUCCUACUGCUGUUCAAUGUGACGUGUAUUUUGAAGCUUUUUAAAGUAGUGUUGUCAGAAAGGUUGAAGUUUGUGUUAUGCUCCUGUGAAGUUAAAAACGAAUCAUCAUAGCCAUUUAACACAAGGCUAAUGUGAGGUGCACUAAAAGCUAUGAUAUUUAGGUCUGAAUUGUUGUAACAAUAGAAUAUGAAAGUUUUUUUUUUUGUUUAUUCCCCAUUAUAUGUGCCAAAAUGUUAGUAGUGUAUCUGCAACUCUGUGUGCACAUUUUCCUUUGGUGUACACUGCCUUACAAAACUGGAAAUUCACUUUGGGACACGUGAGGUGAAGUUGGAGGUGGAAGUGCUCGGCUAGUGAGGAACGAUGUGAUUGUAAAUUAUGGAGGGAAAUAAGAAACAUGAGGGACACUUUGGUGUUAUAACUUUUUGUAUGAGCGACUUAAUGAUUGUAGCAGAUGCUGAGUGGACUGAGUCAAAGCAGGUCUAAUGCAGUGAGAGGAAGGGAUGGGGUGUGAUUAAAAGCGUCUCUUGUUGAAAGCCUCUUGAAAAAGUUUUUAAGUGUUUGACAUAGUUCAAUGCCCUUGUCUUUGGGUAUGGAAAGUCAAUUUGUCUAAUGUAUAACCAUUUAAUGGCACUGAUGUUUUUCUUGGAAAUUUUCUUGCAAGUGAUUUCUUUCAGUAAUUUCUAUGCAACCAUUUUUUUGUUGUAUCAUCUACACUGUGAAAUGUCUUUUUGUGUCCUUUUCUGCUGUAAAUUUUAACCAUAUUUGCACGUACAAUGACACCUACAUUUAUAUUUAUGUGUAGCUCUUAAUGUAACCUAUAUUUUGUUAAAAAUGAUGCUUAAUAAAAGCUUUUGUGAUGGAAACCAAUCAUUUUGUUUCUUCAGCUCACA